GCAAACCGAGUUUUAACACAUUAAGAAGUUGUAGUAGUAGCAGUAGUAGUAGUACUAGUAGUAAGACAGAAGUACAACCAUGGCAGAGAGGAAUUAUGCCAACCAUUUUCCAUCUAGCCACUCAUUAGUUUAACAACUAAAUCUCUCAAGUCAGUGAUCCUGAAUUCUUCCCUCCUUUUAAGAUAACUGUCUUCUGCAUCACUUCAUCAUUUUUCCUCAUCAUGGAACCUACAAAAGUUGAUAGUAAUAUGCCAGACCAGAUGACAUCUGGCCCCAGUGUUGUAAAUUCAGAAGAUCGACUCUUCCUUCGGGAAUCAUUAGAAAAUAUAAAUAAUUCCGUAUCAUUUACUUUGAACAACAUUUGUAUAAGUGAGGCUGGUGAUGAGUUUCUAGAAGAUGCAUGCAGACAGAGCAGUUCAGAGCCUUGUAGUGAGGAAAUGAUGGAAAAAUAUCAGAAUGGCAUUCUAGAAGUGGAAUACAAGAACCUGCAAAUAAGUGAUGAGAUGAGGAAUCAAAUCAAUGAAAAGAACAAACAAGCUUUUGAAGUUCUUGCUAAAAAUGAACUUCAAAAGGCAGUGGAUCUGUUUACUGAAGCAAUUGAACUGAAUCCACAUAUUCCCGGAUCCUACAUUAACCGUGCCAAUGUCUUUAUGCAGCUGGAUGAUCCAGCUUCUGCUAUUAAAGACUGUGACAUAGCUAUUGAGUUGAAUCCCAAAUCAGCGGAACCAUUAAAAUUGAGAGGAAAAGCAUUCAAGAGUAUAGGGCAUUUGAGAGAGGCAGCCUAUGAUCUUGCUUUAGCAUCCAAAUUAGAAUAUGAAGAACAGACCAAUGCUGUGCUCAGAAGGCUGCAAUCAGAGUUUCAAAGGAUUGCUGAGAGACACUCAAAACGCAUCAUAAGAUAUAAGGAACUGGAGAUACUGGAAAAGACUCAGAAUGCACAAACAUCUUUAGAGCAUCAGGAAAAAGAUUGGAGAGGAACCCAAUCUAGCCCAUCAUUUGAGAAUGCAUUAGCAAAUGAUAAAGAGGAGGGGAAGCUAGAGCAUCAUGGUCAAAUAUCAGAUGAUAAUGUGGAUGAGAUGUGGAAGCAGGCCAAUGAAAAGAAGAAGCAAGCCUUCGUUGCAUUGGAGAAAGGCAAAUUAGAAGAAGCCAUUGAACUGUUUACUGAAGCGAUAAGAUUCAACCCCUGGCUUACCAACUUGUAUGUUUGUCGAGCCAGAACCUUUCUGAAGCUUCAAAUGCCAAAUGCUGCUAUAAGAGACUGCAGCCAAGCCAUAAAAAUAAACCCUGAUGCAGCUCUAUCAUACAAGUGGCGUGGAAGGGCAUUUUGUCUGUUGGGUUACUGGGAGGAGGCAGCUAAAGAUCUUGCUAUAGCUUGUCAGUUAGAUUACGAUGAUGAUACCUAUGCCAUGCUAAAGGAGAUUCAAGCAGAGUCCCAGAAAAUUAUUAAAUAUUUGGGUAAGCUUAAAGAAAAAUGUAACAGAGGAGGAGAACUUGAGGAACAGGUGAGGAACAUACAAGAUCAUGAGGAAACACAGGCAAAGAUAUCUCGGGGGAAAGCAGAAACUCGGGAGACAGCAUCAGGAGAACAGGGGGAAAAACACUUUAAAAUGUCUCAUGGAAAGAAUAAUCCAUAUAAUUAUUCCUCAAAUCAUAAAACUCUUCCUCUUUCUUUUACAGAGGAACAAGGUAAAGCUUACAAUGGCUAUACUGUAGAACAGGAAAGAGGUCAGAUUGCAGCUCAUGGAAAACAUGAAGCAUCUGAAGUGCAGGAAAUGGGGAUUCAGGAAGGAGCAGAGGGAGAACAAAAAUCCUUUAAUAAAUCAGAUAGUGAAGAGAGUGAAUUGGACAUCGAUACAGAAGAGUUGGUCGAACCUGAUGAAGAUGUUCCUCAAGAAAUGGGAGAUGAAAGCUUGAUAGUAACAGAAGAAAUGCAGAAACAAGCCAAUGAAAAGAAGAGAGAUGCCUUCGAAGCAGUAAAUAAAGGUGAACUUCUAAGAGCUGUAAACCUGUUCACUGAAGCUAUUAAGCUGAAUCCACAAUUUACCAUUCUAUAUGCAAACAGAGCCAAAAUCUAUCUACAACUUCAGAAGCCACAUGCUGCUAUUAGGGACUGUAAUAAAGCCAUACAAAUCAACCCUGAUUCUGCACAGCCCUACAAGUGGAGAGGGAAGGCUUUGCAGCAACUUGGUUACUGGCAGAAGGCUGCUAAAGACCUUGCCAUAGCCUGCCAGUUGGAUUAUGAUGAAGAAUCUUAUGCCAUAUUAAAGGAGGUACAACCCAAGGCUCAGAAAAUUGCCAGACUAUGCAGGAAACGUGAGCGGAAAUGUGAAGAAAAGAAAUAUGAGGAGCUAAUGGUUAGAAUUCACAAAGUUUUUGAGAAGUAUGAACAACCUCAACCUAAUCUUUUGGGGUUGGAAAAAAAUGUCAACAAGGUCACAGAAGAUCAAACAGAGGUUUGGAAAGAAACCAUGAAAGAGCAACAGUCAGUUUGUCGAAUACCACUGAGAGAAGAGAAGAACACAUCCAAAGAUGAAUUGGAGAAAAGUCUUCAGGAAAGCAUACAAAAACCAUACAGAUGUUCUGUGAAGGAAACUGUGGAACAAAAAAACUUUCAGCAGAAACUACUAGAUGAACAAGGGAGUCAUCAGCAGAAGAAAUAUCAAGAAACAGACCAGUAUGUAGAACUGGAGGAUCAGUUGAGAGCUCUCCAAGAAGAACUGGGGGAAAAGAUGAGAGUUUAUCAAGAACAGUUGGAUGAAGGUGAAUAUGCUUUGCAGAGACAAGAGCAAAAUUACAGAUUGAUUUUAGAGGGACAACAGAGAGCUCAGGAGUUGGCUCUAGAAGAAAUUACAAGAGCUCAGCAAGAGGCUCUGGAAGAACUGGCAAGAGUUCAAAUGAAAGCCCUGACAGAACAGGAGAGAGCUCAUCAGCAAGCCUUAGAGGAACAGGAGAGGGCUCGGAAAGCUCUUGAAAGUGCUCACAAACAGGUUUUGGAAGAACAGAAAAGAGCUCAGAUGGCCACCAUGGAAGAACAGGAAAAAUGUCUUGAAGAAAAAAAGAUGGCUGAGGCAACCAUGGAAGAACUCUUAAGGACUCAAGAAAAGCUCAAAGAAGAGCAGCGAAGGGCUGAGAAGAAAGCACUAGAAGAAAAAGAGAGAGCUCAGAAGACUUUUAAAGAAUUAGAGGCUGCUCAUAAGAAGGCCUUGGAGGAGCAGGACAGAGCCCAGAAAGCUCUUGAAGCUCUAGAAAGAGCUCAUAAAUGGAUACUAGAUAAAGAAAAGGAAGCACAGAUGGCCACCAUAGAGGAACAGGAACAAACACAGAAAAAGCAUCUAAAAGAAGAGAAAAUUGGUGAUGCAACUCUGGAAGAACUCUCAGAUCUUCAAAGAAAAGCUCCUGAAGAUCAAGAAAGGACUGAAAGGCGAGCAAUGAAUGAAAGAAAACUAUUUCAGAGGGAUUUGAAGGAACUAGAAAUUGUUCAAAGAAAGGCUCUAGAGGAGCAAGAAAGAGCUCAGAAGUCCCUUGAAGCUCUAGAAAGAGCGCAGAAGUUGUCACUGGAAGAACAGAAACAAGCACAGGAAAAUGCUCUAAAAGAAAGGAAAAUGGCUGAGGCAGUUUUGAAUGAACUAUCAGAAGCUCAGAGAAAAUUCCAAGAAGAGCAAGAAAAGGCAGAGAAGAAAGCAGUAAAAGAAAGAGAAGUACUUCAGAGGGACAUAAAAGAAUUGCAAAUUGCCCGGGAAAAAGCCCUGGAGGAACAAGAGAAGGCACAGAAAGCUCUGGAUGCCAUAGAAACAGCUCAUAAACAGGCAAAGGAGGAACUGAAGAAAACACAGAUGGUUGUGAUGGCGGAACAGGAGAAAGCACAAAGAAAAUCUGAAGAAGAAAAGAAGAUGGCAGAUGCUGCCCAGGAAGAACUCUUAAGGAUUCAGAGAAAGUUCCAAGAAGAACAGCAAAUGGCAGAGAAGAAAGUGAUGGAAGAAAAAGAGAGAAUUCAAAGGGACCUGGAAGAAUUACAGAGUGCUCAAAAGAAAAUGCUGGAGGAACAGGAGAGAGCACAGAAAGCUUUGGAUGCUUUGCAAAGAGUUCACAAACAGGCAAUGGAGGAACAGAAGAAAUCUACAGACGAUAGGAAGAAGGCUGAGGCAGCCCUGGAAGAACUCUUAAGGACUCAGAAAUUGUUCCAAGAAGAAAGGCAAAGGGCUGAGAAGAAAACAGUGGAAGAAAAAGAGAGAAUUCAAAAGGACCUAGAAGAACUACAGAUUACUCAGAAGAAAGCUUUGGAAGAACAAGAAAGAACUAAGAAAGCUCUGGAUGCUCUGGAAAGAGCUCAUAAACAGAACCAGGAGGAAGAGAAGAAAUAUCUUGAAGAAAGGAAGAAGGUCGAAGCAGCCCUGGAAGAACUCUUACAAAAUCAGACUCUGUUCCACGAAGAGCAGCAAAGGGCUGAGAAGAAAGCAGUGGAAGAAAGAGAGAAGACCCAGAUUGCUCACAAGAAGGCUCUGGAAGAAAAUGAAACAGCUCAGAAAGCUCUGGAAAUUGCUCAUAAACAAGCAGUGGAGGAACAGAAGAAAUCUGUAGAAGAAAGAAAGAAAAUGCUGGAGGAACAGGAAAGAGCACAGAAAUCUCUGGAUGCUUUGGAAAGAGUUAAGAAACAGACUGUGGAGGAGCGUAUGAAAUCUGUAGAAGAAAGGAAGAUGGCUGAGGCAGCCCUGGAAGAACUCCUAAGGACUCAGAAACUGUUUCAAGAAGAACGGCAAAAGGCUGAGAAGAAAGCAGUGGAAGAAAAAGAGAGAAUUCAAAAGGACUUAGAAAAACUCCAGAUUGCUCAAAAGAAGGCCUUGGAGGAACAGGAGAGAGCACAGAAAGCUUUGGAUGCUCUGGAAAGAAUUCAGAAACAGACUCUGGAAGAGCAUAAGAAAUAUGUAGAAGAAAGGAAGAUGGCUGAAGCAACUCUGGAAGACCUCUUAAGGACUCAGAAACUGUUUCAAGAAGAAAAGCAAAUGGCUGAGAAGAAAGCAGUCGAGGAAAGAGAGAAGACCCAGAUUGCUCACAAGAAGGCUCUGAAUGAACAGGAGAUGGCUCAGAAAGCUCUGGAAAAAGCUCAUAAGCAGGCAAUGGAGGAACAGAAGAAAUCCGUAGAAGAAAGGAAGAUGGCUGAGGCAGCCCUGGAAGAACUCAUAAGGACCCAGAAACUGUUCCAAGAAGAAAGGCAAAGCGCUGAGAAGAAAGCAGUGGAAGAAAAAGAGAGAAUUCAAAGGGACCUAGAAGAACUCCAGAUUGCUCAGAAGAAGGCAUUGGAGGAACAAGAAAAAACUGAGAAAGCUCUGGAAAGAGCUCAUAAGCAAGCAAUGGAGGAACAGAAGAAGGCUCAGUUGUCUGCACUGCUAGAAUAUGAACAAACACAGAAAAAAUCUGAAGAAGAAAAUAAGAUGACUGCAGCGGUUCUGGAAGAACUCUUGAGGAAGGUCCAAGAAGAACAAGAAACAGCUGAGAAGAAAGCAAUGGAAGAAAAAGAGAGAGCUGAGAAAAUGCUGAAAGAAUUAGAUGCUGCCCAGAAGAAAGCCCUAGAGGAUUUGGAAAUAGCUAAGAAAAAAGCCAAAAAGGAACAAGAAAAAGCCCAGAAAGCUCAGGAUGCUCUUGAAAGAGCACAUAAGCAACUCAUGGAAGAACAGAAAAAUAUGCAGAAAAGAUCUGUAGAGGAAAAGAAAGCAGCUGAGGCAGCCCUUGAAGAACUAUUAAGGACUCAAAAAAAGAUCCAAGAAGAUCAGCAAAGGACUGAAGAGAAAGCAACAGAAGAGAGACAGCGAGCUCAGAAGGCCCAUGAAGAAUUAGAGAUUGCUCAGAAAAAGGCUGUAGAAGAACAAGAAAGAGCUCGGAAAGAGUGGGAAGCCCUUGAAAGAGCUCAUAAGCAGGCUCUGGAGGAACAGAAGAGAGAACAGGAAAAAUCUCUUAGAGAAAGGAAGCUGCUUGAGAUUGCCCUGGAAGAACUUGCCAGGUCUCAAAGAAAGGUCCAAGAAGAACAGGAAAGGGCAGAGAAGAAAGCUGUAAGAGAAGAAGAGAGUGUUCAGUGGUCUUUGGAAGAAUUAGAGAUUGCUCAAAAGAAAGCUCUAGAGGACUUGGAGACAGCUCAGAAAAAAGCCAUGGAAGAAAAUGGAAGAGCUCAGCAGAAGGCCUUGGAUGAACAAAGGAAAGUACAGCUAGCUAAAGAAGAGCUGGAGAGGGUACAUGCCAGGGCCAUAGAAGAACAGCAAAGAGCUCAGAAAGCAGCUUUGGAGGAGCAGCAGAGAAACAGGAAGAUGCUUAUUGAACUGGAGGAAGCAAGAAGGAAAGCUUUGGAGGAACAGGAAGAAGCACAGAUGAAGGCUCGAGAAGAACAAGUGAGAGCUCAUCAAGCGAUGGAGGAAUUGGCAAAGUUUCAAAAGGCAGUUCUGGAAGAGCAAGAGAUAGCUCAGAAGGCAGCUCUAGCAGAGCAGCAGAGAACUCAAAUGAUGAUGAUGGAACUGGAGGAAAGGCAGAAGAAAGCCUUGGAUGAACAGGAACGAAUACGGGCAAAUGCUCUUGAGCAACAAGAGAGGGCUCAUCUUGCUAUGGAGGAAUUGGCAAAGGCUCAAAAAGCAGCUCUGGGGGAACAUGAGAAAGCUCAGAAGAAGGCCUUAGAAGAACAGAAGAGAGCUCAAAGAGCCAUGGAAGAGCUGGAGAAGGUACGAAAGCAGGCCUUGGAAGAAAUGGAAAAAGCACAGACUAAACAUCCAGCACCAAGUCAGGAAUCUGUUUUGAAAAAGUUUAAUGAGGCAUGCAAGAUGGUACAUAGCAUUGGUACUAAUGAACCAGAAGGCACUCCAAAGAAAGAGCCGGAUGCAGUUCAUAAACAGACCGGUGCUGAACCAGGAAAUACUCAUAAUGACUUAGAGCAGAAGGAAUAUCCACAACCUCACAAGAGCACAGGGCACAGGGGCUCAGAAAGACCAUUCCUAACAUCUGUUUUGGACUUUUUUCAAACUGAGUACAUUCCAGAAUUCUGAUCCUAUAAGGGUUAGGAAAAAAAGGAUGAACUGAAUUUGGAGGGCAUCUGCAGGUAUUGUGUUCAUUAAAGUAAAAGUUGGGAGGGAAGGAAUAAGAAAUGUUUCUGUUUUUAAAUAGUUCCCCCAUACAAACCAUUCAUACUGUUCAGAUUAAGGUAGCCAUACAUAUGUGAUCCUGACAUAGCUAUUUAUACAUUUAAUGCUGAAAUCCAUUAAUAAGACAUAGCUAGAGCAGACCCAUUGAAUCAAUGGAGCUUGCAGAGGUGCUGACUUACGAAAUCACCACCGAUUCAUAGGCCUGUUCUACCUGUGACUUAGUACUGGAUUUUGGCCAUAGUGUGUGUGUGUGUUAGUUAGGUAGUUAGGUACCCUGUUUCCCC